AAUGCAAACCAUGGAUUGGAACUUGGUGGCUCCUGUUAUAUGGAAUCUUCUCACAAUGCUGAAGGCUGGCAUGGCAUGUAACCAUGUUGUAGUGUCCUUCAGUAACUGGAUUAGGGUAUUUCUCCCACUUGGGACGUGCUUCUUCUUCUUGGUGAGAUCACUUCAUCCUCUCGAUAUAUCUGUCUUGUUACAGUCUUCCAAUUUGCUUAUAAUUUCCCUUGUUUUGAAUCUUGUUCCAGGUGCGAGAAUCAAAGGCGGUCUUGCACUCUCCAUUUUAGAUCACUUCCUCUGCAAUCCUACACAUUUUAUUUUUGUGACUUUUGGGGGAGAUUGGUCUUUGAAUAUCCAAAAAACGAUGAGCAUUGAUGUUUUUGUUCACCAACAGUCUGUUAGGCAUCGGCUAUCACCUUGGCCGUUUAACCUAGACCAGAUUACCACUGUAGCUAUCAUCUUUCUAAAAUUUGUAGCUACUGGAGGGUUUUCCUGCUUGAUGCAAGCUUGUCUAGUGAGCGAAGUCUGUUAUCAGACCUUUCUAGAUUACGAGAAAAUUCAGCUGGACAAUAAAAAAUUUGUGUUCCUUGAGCGUAGGUAGUUAAAGAGAGGUACUUUUAAUCUUCAAAGUAAUGAAGUAGUGCUAUAAAUUUUGAUCUAA